UCUGAAUCUAAAAUAACAGAAUAAAGUGGACUUGUAAUUAUUUUUAGUUUCAUCAAUGUUUUUAUUAAUUAAUAAAAAAUUGUUACGUGCUUAAACAAUCAAAAUGGGUUCACGAUUAUUAAGUCGAAUGAUUAUUCCAAUAUAUAUUAACACAAGAAUAUUACCUAACCUCUCACGAGAGUGCAAAAAGGUUGUUUACACUGGAACAAAUUUUACAAUAACAAGACACUAUGCCAAAAGUAAGGAUAGAGGAAAAGACAAAAAAGAUAAAGGAAGUAAAAUUGUAAUCGAUCCCACAAUGAUGUCAGAAUUAGUAGCUGUUGAUAAACUAAAAGGUAGGUGUCAAAACGCUAUUGAGAAAAUGAAGGAAGACUUUACAAAGAACCUUUCCCUGAGGUCGACGACCGGAGCCAUAGAUACAUUACCAGUUAAGUAUGAUGGUAAAGACUACGAACUUCAAGAACUAGCUCAAAUAGUAAGGAAAAAUCCUAAAACUCUUGUUAUAAACUUUUCAUCGUUUCCUCAAGUUAUACCGGAUGUUCUAAAAGCAAUACACAGCUCUGGACUUAAUUUAAAUCCUCAGCAGGAUGGAACAACAUUGUAUGUCCCUGUUCCUAAAGUGACAAAAGAACAUAGAGAAGCCUUAGCAAAAAAUGCUAAAGGAUUGUACAUUAAAUGUAGAGAUGCUGUUAAGGACAUCCAAAAUGACUAUAUCAAGAAAAACAAAAAACAGACCACUGUAUCUGAAGACUUAAUUUUUAAUGUAAAUAAGCAAAUAACAGCCCUAUGUGAGGAAUAUCUUAAUGAAGCAAAAAAGAUUUAUGAAACAAAACAUAAUGAGUUGCUCGGCAAAUAAAUAUUUUUGAUCGCAUCAAUUUUUAUAUAUCUAAAAUGUUUUAAUAAUCAUUAUAUGUAGAUAAGUAGACAUUUUUCUUACUUUAUAGAAUUUCAAGAUUUCUUAUAAGAUAUAAAAAUAUUAAGUGUUAAAAUUAUUACA